UUGAAUCAAACAUGUCACCGACGAGUGUGUGCCUUUAAAGACUGGCUCUCGGCGGCAGGUUAGUUUAUCUCAGGAGAUUACUUGAGCUUCGACUCCCGCUGGUUUAUGGUUUAAAUGAAGAUCAAAAUCUCUCGCGAUCUUUUGUGAUUACCUCACAUCUCACGAGACCGCCGCUUUUGUUGUUGAUCUCCAGGAAACGCAAAAGCUCGGGUGACACCUUUUCCGUUUUGGUGGAAAGACGAGAAAAUACAUUUAGCGCUUUAAUAAAUCUGCAGGAGUAAUUCUGUUUUUCGCUCGCGUUAUUUCUACUCACCGGAAAUAUCGACCUCUAGAGUUUCUAAUCCACUUGUGGCUCCGCACCGAGGCCCGUGUGUGGCGCAUCACGUCCGAGGGCAUGUAAAAAAAAAUUAUCGCAUUUGUUUAUAUUUUAGCUUGCUUUGAUUUGGAGGCACGAAUUGAGCGUGAACAUGCCCGGUGCGCGCGAGAUCGGGUUGGUGGGCGCCGCGCUCGCGCUCACGGGAGGAGUCGCGUGCGCUUUGUGCUAUCUGAUGAGUGAAACACAAAAACCCAAGAAAACACAAACAGUCGAAGAGGAGCUGAGUGAGGACGGGAGCAGGAAAGAGCACGUGCAUAAAGCGACCAAGACCGAAACUGCACUAAAAACGCCCAUAAUAUCAGAGCCCAGGACAGCAGGUACUCAGGUGCUGGUUUUGGGGCUGGACGGGGCAGGAAAGACUAGCUUACUGCACUGUUUUGCCACGGGCAGCCUAGAACAAGACGUGUCCCCCACUCAGGGCUUCAACGCAAUCUCCAUCAACAAGGAAGAGCUUCAGAUCGAGUUCUUAGAGAUUGGAGGUACGGAGAAGCUGCGCGAUUACUGGCGAAUGUAUCUGUGUAAAGCGCGUGUGCUGGUGUUCGUGGUGGACUCGUCUGACCCCGAGCGAUUCCCUCUAGCUAAACGUCUCCUGCACCAGCUCCUGUCGGCCGACCCCUGCCUGCCUCUAGUGCUGCUCGCCAACAAGCAGGACGUCCCCGGGGCCCGUGGGAUCACGGAUCUUUACGAGGCGCUGGAUUUGGGCGAUGUUGGCGACGGGCACCGGCUCAGUGUGAUUGGUACUCAGGUGAAGAAGAGAAAGUCUGAGGCCAACGCCGGUGUGCAAGACGCUCGUGACCUCAUCAUAGAGAUGAUGUCAGAUGAUUGACCACCAACUGUGUGUCUUAAAAUUGUUUCCUUUGGUCAGAAUUAUUUAGGGCUUUACGGUCACCAAAGAGUCUUCAAACCAAAUGACAACAAAACAGCCUGUUUUUGUAGUAGAAGAGAGACUAGUGACACUAAAAACGUCAUGAUUGCUUAAACUGAGAAUGAAAAUGGAGCAUUUUGAAAAAGAUGCCAAAGAUAAUCAUGUUUUUCAGUGUAUCGCUGCUGCUGUUGUAGUUGUGGAUUAUGGGAUGUUUGAAUAUCAGUAAACUGAUAUGGAAAUGUGUGUUUGUGCUGUUUUUGCUAGAUGAUGAGAUGCUUUAAUUGGUUUAUACUGUAACUUGCUGACUUGUCAGUAAGAAGAGUCUAUAAUCAAAAUGUCUGUGUAUUAAUUUUGUAACUUGACGUUUCUGUCUUUAAAUGUCUUUUUAAUGCCAGAAAUCAAGUGAAGAUUUGAUCAAAUUGGUGAGGGACUUUUGAUAACCAUUAAAUAUUAAUUUA